AUGGUCAAAUCGUAUCUGGACCUGGUCAAAGAGUGUGACACCUUCCCUUACUAUCAUGACGAUCCGGAGUUCUAUAAGGAGCAUCUGGCGAAUUACCAUUCGUUUCAUGUAUCGGGCUGCAAGGCGGUGCUAGGGUAUAUCCCUAACGCUGUCGUCGAGAAGUUCUCCUGGCCGGAGCAUUGCUGGGCGAUUGAUGCAGCGACACGGACCGUCACCCUUGUGGCGCCUCAGGAUGCGAUGCCAGAACAGCGGAGCGACCUCAUGGCGGAGACGUUGGCCCAGGCGGUGAAGGGCGACGACUUCGAGGUGCUCAAGGGCUGGCGAAACGAGAAGUACCCGAUCUACGGGCCUGGAGGCCAGUUCCUGUUCGAGAUGGAGCGAAGUGCAACGCCGCUGUUUGGGGUCGUCUCGUACGGUGUUCAUGCCACUUGCUACGUGCAAGACAGUGACGACACUAGUUCCCUGCGGUUAUGGGUACCUCGACGCUCCAGGAACAAGCAAACAUUCCCCGGGAUGCUGGACAACUCUGUCGCGGGGGGGAUGGCAACGGGCGAGAGGCCGUUUGAAUGCGUGGUGCGCGAAGCCAUGGAGGAGGCGUCCCUGCCGGAAGAUGUGAUCAGGGCCAACGCGACGGCUGUGAGCUGCAUUACGUACCACUAUGUGAGGGACGCCCGCGCGGGAGGCGAGACUGGCCUGUUGCAGCCAGAGGUAGAGUAUAUAUACGAUGUGAAACUGGACGCGAGCAUCACACCCAAGCCUUGCGAUUCGGAAGUGGAGGAAUUCUAUCUCUGGACUGUCGAUCAGGCUAAAGAGGCCCUGGCCAACGGGGAGUUUAAACCAAACUGUGCUGUCGUGCUGAUCGACUUUUUCAUCCGACAUGGCAUCCUCACUCCAGAGACAGAACCUGAUUAUCUGGAGAUUAUCGCCAGACUGCAUCGCCGUCUGGAGUUCCCCACUGCAUCGCACGCCACUUGA